UGGCGCCACGACGUUGGAAGACUCCACGACACCCAUUUGUCCGAGUACUGGGUCUCGGGCUCGACCAGUAAUGGACAUGGACCUCUUUGACACGGUCGAUUACGUCGCGUCCGGAAGCCUCCUCGGGCUCGCGGCCCUCGUGCUGCUCGCGCUCUACGUCAAGCACCGCCGCGGCGUGCUCUCGGCGCCGCCGCUCUACGUGACCUUCUCCAUGUUUCUCUCGCUCAUGCUCUGGAGCUUCUUCAGCAUCGUCUUCAUGUACUUUGAAGAAAGGUCGUUCGACAACGACAACGACGCUGCUUCCAGUGAUCCCAACAGCACUCUGCGACGCUACCGCCGGAGCUGCCAGCACACCAAGAACAUUCCGCUCCAAGUACUCGCUGACGCGUUCCUCCUCUCGCUCGAGCUGUGGGUGCUCGUCGCGUCCUUUGAGCUCUACACGAGCAUUGCGUACCACCACCUCUUGGCACGCCAAUCGCGCACCCACAUGCGCAGGAUCGUCGUCGGCUACUCCAAGCUCGUGUAUGGCCUCACGGCCGUGUACGUCGUCGUAGUCUUCUUUACGAGCCUCUCGCCCACGGCAACCCACAGCGUCUUUUGCUGGAUCGUGAGCACCACGGUUGUCUUUGAUGCGCUCGCCGCGAUCCUCGCCGGCGGCUCGCUCAUCUGCGUCUACAUCUUCCUCCGUCGCUCCAUCAACCGGUGGCCGCUUGCUCGGCAGCGGGCCAUGCGCCGCGUCCAGUGGUUCAUUCUGCUCUUGAUUGCGCUCUUUGUCUUCUUCUGCGUCCCGUUCCUUGUCAAGCGCCUCGACUGGACGUUCCGACAAGCGACCAACAACUUGAAGCGCAAUCGCACGCGGUCGUCGGGCGGGUCCAGGGCCAAGUCGGGGCAUUGGCGGUACAUUUUUCACAUCAUCAACUUUCUCCUUCCGUGCGGUCUCGGUGCGCUCCUCGCGCUCGAUUGGUUCAAAGCCGCGUACCCAAAGCCCGACGAAGCCGCCGGUGUCGACGAGAUGCAACCCCCAACGCCCGUUCAUUUGCUCUCGCCAGGCCCGUUGGACGACUAUGAAGUCGAAACAACGAGGAGCGACGACGGCCGCCGACUGUCGCGCGACGGGCGAGUGCUCUACGUGUCAUAGAAUAGGAAUAAGGUCAGGAUUUGAUUAUAACGACGAGUGCUUUUACUACGAGUACUACCCAAGGACUACGAUCUCCUGGGUGUGCGGCUCGCUGUUGGUGCCCUGAGAAGACUACA